AUGAGUCCUGGGACGACAGAAAACGGCCGCAAUAGACGUGAGUAUUUCCUAACUUUCAUGUCUGGAACUUUCACUCCAACCCGAAUCCGACCCAUCCGUCGUUCAACCAAUUCUUCCAUUGCCUCUUCAAUCGCUGACCGAACUCAACUUGACCAGCUCGACAAGGAGGCCUCACAACUCAUCAUCAAUGCCCUCGAACGCACAAGCUCGGCACAGCCGCCAACGGCUAAACAGGAUAGAGGGUCAUUUUCCAAGAUGUCGUUUAGCUCGAUGAUGGGUGGACUCUCCGGCCUUUCUCUCUCUCGCACAAGCACAAAUACUUCGACUACAGGCGAGGCUGAGCGUGGGCGUAGUGUUGAGCAAAGCAGCAAAGCAAACCGGUCUUCAUCUCAUGUCCCCCGUGUAUCAGAAGACGAGUCCCGCAGUCGGUCGCGUGCUCGGUCUCAGUCGCCCUUCUCUUUUCGCCGAUUCAGACAACAACGCGACCCUUCGCCAACUCCCCAAGCUCUGCCAUUGACCCAGUCCGAUAUCGAGUUAUCAGAGGAGACGACAGUCCGCCCCCGUAAUGCUUUUGUUGACGAAAACGAUGACUCUGGCGAUGAAACUGCAAACGAAACUGAGGAUGAGGAUGACUGGGACAACGACGACCUAUUCGAUCCCGUCACAGAGCGCAAUACGGAACACAACUCCAUCGUCACUCCCGCUGUCCAAGAUGAUGUGGAGGUAGACCCAUUAGGAGAAGGAGUCAAUGUCGUCGUCCCACCGGACCCUUACUUCCCAAGCACCCUUUCCGGCUCUGGCAGUGUUUCUGGCAGACGUAACCCCCGGCGGAGAAAAUCAACACGGCUAGAGCCACUAGAAUUGCACACUUCACGGCCGGUUUUCCAGCGCGAUAGAUGCACUAUUACAAUCAAGCAAGGCGACCCCGAAGGCAAACUGGGCAACAGACGUCCCAAACGCUACAUUGUCGCCAGCGAUCUGAGCGAGGAGAGUCGAUACGCGGUCGAGUGGGGGAUUGGAACGGUCAUUCGCGAUGGGGAUGAGAUGAUGAUAGUGAAUGUUAUGGAGAACGAGAACAAAGUCGAUCCACCUAUUCCGAAUGCCGCUGACCGCGCUACCAAGCUCCGAAGCCAGCAAGAGCGCCAAGGACUUGCAUACAUCCUUUGCCGACAGGCAACUGGUUUACUGCAACGCACAAAGCUGCAUGUCACUGUUGUUUGCCAAGCGUGGCAUGCCAAAAACGCACGUCAUAUGCUUCUAGAUGUUGUCGACUACCAUGAGCCGACGAUGCUGAUUGUGGGAUCUCGCGGUAUGGGGCAAUUGAAAGGGAUUCUGCUUGGAUCGACAUCACAUUACCUUGUGGAGAAAUGCUCGGUUCCCGUUAUGGUGGCUCGAAGAAGGCUCAAACGACCUCCCAGACGCUCAGCACAUCUUGCGACUGGCCGGGCUCACGUGUCGUUGGCGGAAGCUGGAAUUGAUCGUGUUGCUAGAAAAGUGGAUGCCGACGUCCAGGUUAUGCGAGAUGAACUCCAACGAGAAGAUGAGAGACGCGAUGUUGAUGCCACGGCUGUCAAGGUUGAAGAAGAGCCAGAAGAGGAGGAUGGGGAUGAAGCAGACGAAGCAGAAGAGGCGCCUGCCGGAGUCAAAGUCCCAGGCUAA